ACAACAACAGCAGCAGCAACAACAACAACAACAGUGAUCAUUGUGGUGGCAUUGUGUGCCAUCGCAAAUGGAUUGUGAAAUUCUAAUAGCAACUGCAACAACACUCGUCACUGACAAACUAAACUAUAAAGCAUCCACAAACACACACACACACUCGCUCGAACAUCCUUACAUCAAGCAAGUCUGUGGCCUGUUGCCUGCAACUUUAACAACAACAACAUCAAUAAAACAAAAGUAAUAAUGAUAAUGUAUUGAAUUUUGUGGCCAUUUCUGUUGCGUUUUGCAAACGACAAAACAAAACCUUUAAACAAAUCAAACAAUAGUGUAUAGUUAUUAUAUUUAAUGGAUAACUUGUAAUAAUAAUUAUUAUUAUCGAUUAUCACAUGCACUCAUAAGUAGCACAUAAUUUACAAAAAGUUCAGCGAACAAAAAUUACUUAAACUGCAGCAAAUCGAACGUACAUAUAUAUCCAUAUAUCCCAUAUGUGUAUAUGCCCUUAGAGCCAUUCUUAAUAUUAUGUCUAUUAAAAUAUUUAAUGAAAAAAAGAAAAGAAAACUCAAAAAAUAAUCAUGUUUACGGAAUCUCAUCAAGAAAUCUGCAAUUCGUUUUGAUCACAAUUUUUUUUUAUAAAAAUGCUCGCGAAGAAGAAUCUUUUUUAUAGUUCAUAAGGUUAAAUAGUUGUUUUUUAUCUGUACAAUGACUAAAUAACAAUUACACAGAUACACACACACACACAUACAUGCAUAUCCGUAUUCAUUAUGCAGCAUUUGAUUGUUUUUAUUGAUGCUCUGCUAAUGUCUCGAUUAAUGCAAAACAUCAUCAUUUAGUUUUGUUAAAUUGACGCAAAUUCUUGUUAAUGAAGUAUUUCGAUUAUGAAUACGUUAUAUCUGCUAUAUACAUACGCAAAACAAUUAUGAAUCUUAAGUCUAUAUAAACUAUAAAAACCGAUUAUGAUAACAAAAAAAGCAUAAGAGAAAAAACAAACAAAACAAAAUACGCAACAGCCAUAUUUAGUUAAUGAAAAAUAACGAAUAUCAUGCAUUAAUAAUGUACAAGUUAAACAUAAAUAAUUUAAUCUUAAUUAAUAAUGUUAAUGUUGAGCUCAAGCACAAUGUAUUAUACACAAAAAAAUAAAAACAAAAACAAAAGAAAAAUUAAAAAAAAAACAAGGAUAAAAAUAAUGAAAGUAAUAAUAUUUUUGAUAAUAGAUAAUGUUUGACCAAACAAUAACAAAAUUCUUUAAUUUAAAAUGAGUUCUAGAAGUUAGAAAACGCACAUAAUUUUUUGAAAUUUUUUAUAAAUAAUUAAAAAUAUGUUUAAAAUUAAUAAAUGAAAAUGAGAUGAACGGGGAUGGAAGGAGAAGAAGAAGAUGUAAUGAAUGUGAACUGCAUUUAAAUUAUGGUACAAAUGAAAAAUUGAUAGAUAAUUGUUUUAAAUUAAAGAAUUUUGCAUGAAGCUGAAACUGAAAAACUGAUUGAAAGCAAAUACACAAUGUAUGUAAUUAUGUGUGCCUUUUUCAAAGCAUUGCAACUAAGUUAAUUGUUAAAUUUUAAAUAAUAAUAUUAUUGACGGCACCAAUCAAAAUCAUAUAUAGAAUUGGCAAACGAAUGAAAAAGUGAAAUCAAUCGCUAGGCAGCCGCUACAUCAUGAAAUUAUUAUAAUGCUACUACUAUAUAAUGAUGUGAAUCCCGACAUACUCAAAAUACUUGCGAGUGAAACACAAUUCAAACGAGAAAUACUACAUAAUUUAACAAUUUAAUAAUAAUAAUAUUAUUAUAAUUUUAUGUUUAUAAUCGGCAAUCGUGCAAUCGUAACAAUCGUGCACCGCCAAAAUUUACAAAUUUUUUGGUGUGCUGCCUAUGGAAAUUUUUCGAUAACCGAAUGAUCGAUAGAGUAUACAUAUAAAUGGUUUCGUAAUCGAUAUCGUUAUUGAAUUUCAAUUCAAUUGAUGAUUGUGAGUAACCUAUUAACUAAUCUCUAAAUAAAUAAUAUAAAGUAAUAAUAAUAAUAAUAAUUAGUUGUAAUCUUUAAGCACGUGGCAAAUUUAAUGUUGUAUGUACUAUUGUGUUAAUGGGGAACAUUUUUAUUUGAAACAAACAAUAUUCACAAUAUUCAUUCAUUAAAUAUCAUGAAAACAUUACACAUUAUUGCAAAUCCAUUGGAAUUAUUUGCAAAUCUUAUCCACAUAUGUUCAAAUAAUAAUUAUUUACGCAACUGUAACAAAAAAAAAAACAAAAAUCAAACUAAAUUAUGUACAAGUUUUUGCAUAAAAUAAAUGUUUAUAAAAAACCAAAAAACUGAAAACGUUUUUCAAUCUGAAGUCAACUGUGUAGUUGCAAUGGGGAUAAUUGGGCGAAUGCACGCUUUGAAAUAUGAAUAACAAAUUGUUGUCUACCAGAGAAAACAAAAACAAGACAAAAAUCAACAAUAGCCCAAUUUGCCAUCGGUGCAAUUGAAUUGUGUGAAUGAGUGAGUGAGUGUGUGGUAACUCAUUUGGUUGCCAGGGGAUGUCCCGAAACUGCUUAUUGACAUGAGGACGUGUGUGUGUGUGGGCAGACUUUGAAACAAAAGAAGCCUACCAAAUGCACGAGGACAUGUGAGGAUGCCACACACACUGCUAUCUAAUCUGUGUCCACCUUGAAGAGAGGAGGCUACGUUUUUCGUUUCGCAAUGGUGCAGAAUUAAUCUCGAAUCGGAGCAUACGGUGAUGAUGCAAUUGUGAUUGCAUUGUGCUUGUGUAACAAAGUGGUUAAUAACCACAAAGGAGUUAUCGGUCCAACUCAAACACCUACGCUCUCUCUUUUUAGACGGAGGACAUAUUUGGUUCGAUUUGCACAAUGCAUCUUGAGGUUCCUCGUAACUUAUGCUACAAUAAUAGUUAAUUAAGUACUGUUGACAUGGGCACAGCAGCAGCAGCGACAGCAGCAGCAGCAAUCAUUUAUGCAAGCAAACUUCUUCAAGGACCCAUCCAGCUUCCUUUUGUAUUGUAAACAAACCGAACAACACGUGCGAAUGCCGUCAAUGCGCAUGCGCUGUUAUUAACAGCGCUCUGUUAACGCGUCCUUAAAAGCCUUGAGCUGUAUGGCAACCGGCUCAGUUCAACGGUAGCAGGCGAAUUGCAAGGAUCGAAAUCUCGAAAACGGAUUAGUUAAACAACGUCUUCGCGUAGCAACAAGUGAGCUCUCAGAGUCGUGGAGCUAACUAUCGUGUAUACACAUGGCGAACCGACUGAUGAUACUCUGGUACUUAGUUGUGCUGUUCGUUGCCAUGGCUAAUGCGCGUAAUGAAACCCAUCAGAAUCCACCGCCACCGUUGGCGCAUGUUGAACAGUGCGGGAACACUGAGAAGAUGGUCGAUGAAUGCUUUAAGGAUUUGCCAUCACAUCUAACAGAGUUUUUACAAAACACAAAAAUUGUCAUAAGCAAACAGGAGAUCAUGGCUAAGUGCAUUGUUUUCAAUAAGGGCAUGAAAUGCUUUGAUGCCUAUGCAGCGCGUUGCCUGCAGAGUCGAAAGCUAAACUUGUUUAAAAACAACGUCGAUGGUGCUCGUAAAUUUUUAAAGAAAUUCUGUUCCGAUGAGAAUUUUCAAAGAGAUUAUUUGCGGCACAAGGAUUGUUUCGCCUACAUUCAACCAGAUUGGGUUAGCUGCACCGCAGACUUUGAGAACAUACUCACGGAUGAUUUGCACGACGAUACCCGCAAUGUUAGCGAUAAAUUCAUGGAGUUUUGUUGUGCACGUUACGCGUACGAGAAUUGCAUCUAUAAUAGUGCGCGAUAUAAGUGCUACAAGCAUUCGGCCGAAUUUGCACGCGAAACCGCCAAAAUGCUGUCGGAUGAGAAGCACUUCAGCAAUUGCCGCCACCUGGAGGACAUCUGUGCGCAUUCGACACGCAUCGCCUGGAUAUCGAGCAGUUUUUAUCCCCUGGCUCUAGUACUGAUGUUGCGUUUUCUGCGGCACCUCGCCGGACCGUAGAUUCUUCGCUCUGUGGUUGUGUGCGUGUGUGUCUCUCUGUGUGUGCGUGUGUAUAAGUGUGGUGGUGUAGGUUGUCCAAUUGAAAAUGCAUAGCAUUGAGCGAUUCGCUUGCAAAACAAAAAAAAACAUAAAACAUGGGCAUGUGAUUCUCUUGGGGUGGGUAAACUGGGUCGGACAGCGGCACUUGUUAGUCUUAAAACAAAAAUCUCCAAUACUAUAUAUAAACACUUAAGUUGAUGUAUGUGAAUGUGUAUAUGUGUACCAUAUUAUUUGUGUGAAACAUUUGUGUAUUUCAAAUAAAUUUCACUUCAGUUAUGCGACACGUCUUUAUCUCCUAUCCGACGACUACUUAAAGAAAAGUUCAAUAACUAUCUGAUGCGCGACCAUCUGUCGUAUACGUAAUAUGCUAAAUUGAUUGAAUGGGCCUUUGUGUCUUCUGUCUACACCGAUAAGGUAAAUCCGUCACGCAAUGAACUCACCCAGCACGUGCUCUGAAACUUUGUUUGCCAGACUAUUUUUCCAGGUAUUUAUCUUUUAAAUGGAUGGUGGCAGAUAUGUUUGCCUUUGCGUUCAUUUGACAGUCCAUUUGGCAAGUCUGUGGAGAAAGUUUUGAGUAGGCAAACAACCUGUGUAACUAGGGCGGCGACUCCUGCCAAUAUAACGUCAAUAACAUCAACAACUUUAGUAGCUGCCAACAAAACAUAUUCAUAUCAGUUUUUUUUUUUUGAGUUUCCUGGAAAGAAAACUUAUAAUUUUGUUAACGGAGAAUGCAAUUUAAGUACUUCUAAAGUUACACCAAACUAAAAUUGUUGCAAUAUUUUCUUGUUGUUUUCUCUCUGUUUUUUACUCUACAUAUUGUUGCCUUUCAAUGGGGAUCGAUAUUAAUUUCGCUCUGUUGGUCGUAAUGCAAGUUAACGCUCAUAGCUUAUGCAUUGCACUACUUGCCUCCUCUAUACAAUGUCAAAGGCUAGUCCUUGGGGCAAGCUGCAUCGUUGUUGCCAUCCGAGUCAAGUGGAAAGUUCGAACGUGUUUUUGUUUUGCAGAGGAGUCUUCGGGCGAUUUGCUUAGCUGAAAACUAGCACAAACUUGUGAUUUAUCCACAAACGCGUAAGCGAUAAAAUUUGUAAUUAAUUAAGCGAGCUGGUCAGCAGCGGCAAACAGCGACAUUUGAUGUUCGAUCUAUGUAUUGCUGAAGUGACUGGUCGUCUACUGCUGCUGGGCAAAUAAAACAUGUUGUUGUUUUUAUUCGCGCACAGCUAAAAUCAAAUUACUUGCUGUCAUCUGCACGCAAAGACACAAGGCAAAAAAGCCACGGCAAAGCAAAGUCAAAGUCAAAAGCAAAAGCAAAUGGCAAAUGGCAAAUGACAGUUGGAAGGACUGAAGACGCAGCCACGUGCAUGCAACAUGUUGCCCAGGGAAACGGAGGUAGUGGACAAAAGCAAGAGAAAGUAAUAAUACGAGUUGCGUUAUACGAGUAGUUCUGAAACAAUUUUUAUAGGUAAAUAUGUA